AUGAAAAUUCUGCAUAAAGAAAACAUUCAAUUCUUUGUAGAGGACUUUAAUGAGAACAAAAACAGCAUAAAAGAAGCAGUUCUUGAGCUCACACUCUACUUCCUGAGAGAAUUGAAGCAAAAUGAAGCUGCUGAUACUCUAGAAGAUGAGCUGUUCUUCAUUCACCAGCUAAAAUGUGGUCUAAAAAAUAAGUAUCAGUCUGUGUUUGAAGGAAUUGCACAACAUGGAGACUCCACACUCCUGAAGAACAUCUACACGGAUCUCUAUAUCACUCAGGGGGGCAGUGUACAGGUCAAUACUGAACAUGAGGUCAGACAGAUUGAAGUUGCUUCCAGACAUCAUGAAGCUCAAGAGAUACAGGUUGAAUGCAGACAUUUGUUUGAAGCAUCUGAACAAGACAAGCAGAUCAGAACUGUACUGACAAAAGGAGUCGCUGGCAUCGGGAAAUCAGUCUCUGUGCAAAAGUUUGUUCUGGAUUGGGCUGAAGGAAAAGAAAAUCAAGAGAUCAGCUUCAUAUUUCCUCUUCCAUUCAGAGAGAUGAACUUAAAGGAGAAAGAGAAACUCAGUUUGAUGGAGCUUAUAACUCAGUUUUUCCCAGAGACAAAAGGACUGAACCUUACAAGAAGGAAUCGAUUCAAAGUCCUGUUCAUCCUUGAUGGAUUGGAUGAAUGUCGUCUUCCUCUGAACUUUGCUGGUAAUGAGACGUGUCGUGAUGUUUCAUCACCAGUCUCACUGGAUGUUCUCCUGACGAACCUCAUCAAGGGAAAUCUGCUUCCUUCUGCUCUCAUCUGGAUCACCAGCAGACCAGCAGCUGCCAGUAAGAUUCCUCCUGACUGUAUCGACCGGCUGACAGAGAUACGAGGAUUCAAUGAUGAACAAAAGGAGGAGUACUUCAGAAAAAGACUCACAGAUGAGAAUCAGGCCAAAGAAAUCAUUGAUCAUGUUAAAAAAUCAAAGAGUCUCUUCAUCAUGUGCCACAUCCCAGUCUUCUGCUGGAUUUCAGCCACUGUUCUCCAGAACAUUUUACAGGAGAAGAGAAAUAAUGAUGUGAAAAACAAUCAGGCUGAUGACGCCUCCAAAACACUGCAGGAAUCAAACAUUGAAGACACUCCCAAGACUCUGACACAGAUGUACACACACUUUCUGCGCUUUCAGAUCCAGCAGAGCAGAAGAAAGUAUGAUGGAGAGUACACAGCAGAUGUUUCCUGGGAUAAAGACACCAUCUUUUCACUGGGGAAACUAGCAUUUCAUCAGCUGCUGAACAGCAACCUGAUCUUCUAUGACACAGACCUGGAAGCCUGUGGUAUUGACGUCUAUAAGGCCUCAGUUUACUCAGGCAUGUGUACCCAGAUCUUUAAGCAGGAAACAGGGAUCAUUCUUGGCACCAUGUACUGCUUUGUUCACUUGAGCAUUCAGGAGUUUAUUGCAGCCCUUUAUGCACAUCUGAUUCUAGACCUCAACAAGAUAAGUGUGUUUGAUAAAGACUCUAAAAACAGAAAUGAGUCCAUGAUUGAUUUGCUGAAGACUGCAGUGGACAAGGCACUCGAGAGUGACAAUGGAAACCUGGACCUUUUCCUUCGCUUUCUUCUCGGUCUCUCUCUCCAGUCCAAUCGACGACUCCUAAGAGGUCUGUUAGCACAGCAAGACCACAAUAACUGGAGCAAAUGGAAUAUAUUUCAGUUCCUCAGUACAACAGUAGAUAAGCAGCAAGACCACAAUGACCAGAGCAAAGAGGAAAUAGUUCAGUAUAUCAAGCAGAAGUUUGAAGCGAAUCUUUCUCCAGAGAGAUCCAUCAAUCUGUUCUACUGUCUGAAUGAACUGAACGACCAAACUCUGGUGAAAGAGAUUCAGACUCACCUUAGCAAAGGAAGUCUCUCAUCGGCUGACCUUUCACCUGCUCAGUGGUCUGCUCUGGCCUUUGUGUUGUUGACAUCAGAGGAGGAGAUGGAGGAGUUUGAGCUUCAGAAAUUCAAGAAAUCAGACGAGUGUCUCAUCAGACUAUUAGCAGUCAUCAAAACCUCCAAAAGAGCUUUGCUGAACAGCUGUGAAUUAACAGACAGAAGCUGUUCAGCUCUUGCUUCAGUUCUCAGAUCAGACUCCAGCAGUCUGAAGGAUCUUGACCUGAGCAAUAAUAAUCUGCAGGAUUCAGGAGUGAAGCUGCUCUCUGAUGGACUGAAGGACAGUAAACUGGAGAAACUCAAUCUUUCAGACUGCAGUAUCAGUGAAGAAGGUUAUAAAGCUCUGGCUUCAGCUCUGAGAUCAAACCCUUCACACCUGAUAGAGCUGGAUCUCAGAGGAAAUGAUCCUGGACAAUCAGGAGUGAAGGAGCUCACUGAGUUACUGCAGAAUCCACACUGUACACUGAAGACACUGAGGUGUUUUAGUCCUGCUGCUGAUGAAGUCUGUCAGUUUGUGUUUGGAAUGGAAGGUAAACACCUGUUACUCCUGAAAGAACUGAAUCUGUGUGAUCGUGAACUAGGAGACACACGAGUGAAUCAACUCUCUGCUCUACUGCAGGAUAAACACUGCACACUCAACACACUCAUCCUGUGUAAAUGCAGCAUUACAGAGGAACAGUGUGAGAUCCUGACUUCAGCUCUGAAAUCAAACCCAUCACACCUGAGAGAACUGGAGCUGAGUGGGAAUCAACUAGGAGACUCUGGAGUGCAAAACCUCAGUGAUUUACUGAUGAAGCCACAAUUCAAGCUGAAGAAACUACAUCUGUCUUAUUGCAGAUUUACAGAGGAACAGUGUGUGAUCCUGACUUCAGCUCUGAAAUCAAACCCAUCACACCUGAGAGAACUGAACUUCGGUCUGAAUAAACUAGGAGACUCUGGAGUGAAAAACCUCAGUGAUUUACUAAUGAAGCUACAAUUCAAGCUGGAGAAACUACAUCUGAAUAGAUGCAGUAUUACAGAGGAACAGUGUGAGAUCCUGACUUCAGCUCUGAAAUCAAACCCAUCACACCUGAGAGAACUGAGCCUCAGUGACAAUCAAAUAAGAAACACAGGAGUGAAUCUCUUAUGUGAGGUUCUGAAAGAUUCACACUGUAAACUGAAGACACUGAGAUUAAAUGAAUGUGGAAUCACAGAUGUUUCUUCUUUAACUCACUGUUUGACAAACACAAAAGCUCUGCAGAUUCUAAAAGAGCUUUAUCUGAGAGACAAUCCCAUUGGAGACUCAAAGCAGAAGCUCAUUGAUGUGAUACGAGAGUCAAAGUGUAAACUGAUACUUGAAUAGCUUCUCCAUCGUCAGUGAAGAAUCCCUCUCUCAGUCUCAGCUUUUGAUGGCAGGAUCUAGAGUUUCAGAACAGAGGUAAUGUAUUGUAAAGCUGCUGUGGAGAUGUCUGGACCCAGAGCUGCUCCAGGGACUUUUCUGGAAAUGAACAUUUGAACUCUGUAACACUACGUUGACACAGUGAGAUUGAAUAGAGCUCUCUUUACAUUUUGAACUCAACACAAAUAUACAUCACUGGACUGUGUUACUAAACAUGUUUCAUAUAAUUUGAUAUAUAACUUGUUUUAAGUUUUGUUUUAUAGUGUUUUUCACAAUAAUUAUUGUUCCAAAACAUUUUUGCAAUAGGUGAGUGUUAUUACAGUCAUAAACAAAAACAGAAAAAUGUAAAGUGUCGUGAAUAGGUGCAGAUGAGCUAUUUUCAAA